AUGAUCAUUAACGUUAAUCUCGAAGACACCAAAGACGAAGACGUGAAGGAGAAAGGAGAAAGAAGAAAGGCUAGGGAAAGUAACUCGAAGAAAAGGAUGUUGAAAAUUGCUAAAUUUCAUGCCUGGACUUGUGCACUACUCACCGCACUGGCUUUGCUGAAAUCAGACGCAGAGUUUGUGAACAUUACAAAGGUCUACAGUGCCGUGGCACAGGGUGCAGUGUGUUUGGAUGGAAGUCCCCCAGCUUACCAUCUAUCUCCAGGCUGGGGAUCAGGUCUCAGGAGUUGGUUGGUUCAUCUCGAGGGAGGAGGAUGGUGCCAAAACUCGACAAUUUGUGGAUACAGAAAGGAUAGUGCUUUGGGCUCUUCCAACAAAAUGGAUGCACAGAAUUAUUUUCCUGGCAUCUUAACCAAUGACCAAGCAUUAAAUCCAGAUUUCUACAACUGGAACAGAGUGAAGAUACGUUACUGUGAUGGUUCAUCGUUCACCGGUGAUGUUGAGGAAAGAGACCCUGUCUCCCAUGUUUACUACAGAGGAGCCAGGAUAUGGCGUGCUGUUAUGCAAGAGCUACUUGCUAGAGGAAUGAGGACGGCCGAGACUGCUCUUCUUUCUGGAGGUUCAGCUGGAGGAUUGGCCUCGAUACUUCAUUGCGAUAGCUUUCGAGGCUUUCUUCCAUCGAGUGCCAAGGUUAAAUGUCUUUCAGAUGCUGGUUAUUUUGUGCAUGUGAAAGAUAUCGCCGGAGAAGAAACCAUCAAGGCCUACUACAAUGAUGUUGUGACUACACAUGGAUCUGCAAAGAAUUUGCCUGGCUGCAACUCAGCAAUGGAGCCAGCAAUGUGUUUUUUCCCACAAUACAUGGUCCAUGAAGUGAAGACGCCUCUGUUUAUUCUGAAUUCAGCUUAUGACUCAUGGCAGGUUAGUAAUAUUUUGGUACCAGAAACUGCAGAUCCUAAUGGAACUUGGAAGGACUGCAAGCUUCAUAUCUCGCGGUGCUCUCCGACUCAACUCAAAGUCUUGCAAGAGUACAGGGGGAACUUUUUGAAUGCACUGAAGGCAUUGGAUGAGUUGAGGUCCAUGGGCAUGUUCAUAAACUCAUGCUUUAUCCACGGCCAAACACGAUUGCAAGAGGCAUGGUUCGGUGCUCACUCCCCUACGCUUAACAACACAAGAAUUGCCACUGCGAUCGCAGAUUGGUUCUACGACCGAAGAGGCUUCGUAUGGAUCGAUUGCCCCUACCCUUGCGACUCGACUUGUCUCAAUGUAUGAUCUCUUGAUGGUAU